ACACACACACACUCUCUUUUGAUUUACAAACAGACACGCUCUCAUCUCCACCCACAAAAGCCAAACUGUCCAUCAAUUUUCUCCUCCAAAUGGACUGUCUGGUUCUACCGGCCUCACUCUUGAGCCGGCGUUGCAGCGGUGGUUACCGGCAGCUAAGUGACGACUUGUUCGUGGGUUCAGAUGAUCCGAUCACGGUGGUGGUGGGGAAGGAAAAGAAAGAGUUUUUAGUCGACCCUUUUGUGUUAGAUGAGAACCCUUUUAGGGUUUUGAUUGAUCUGGCCAAGAACAAGAAGAAGAAGAAGAAGAAGACACCAUCAUCAUCAUCAUCAUCAUCAAGAACAUCAUCAAAAGGAAGAAGAAGGAGAUUGAUGGUUGAUGAUCAAGAGAAGAGGAAGAGAGUGGUGUAUGUAGAUGUGGAUGCCAUCUUAUUCGAGCAUAUGUUAUGGUUGAUGCAUAAUGAUUCCUCUUCGUUAUUCAACCUCAAUCUCAACGAAAUUAUUGAUUUUUAUGCUCAGGAUUAUUAAUUAAUUAAUCAAUCUUCUUUUACAUAACAUUUAUCGUACACAAAAAAAAAUAUUACAGUAAUUAAUUCCUAAUCCUUAAUUCUCUUUUAUUUUUGUGGAUAAAUAUAUUUUUUUGUAAUUUUUUAUUAUUAUUUAAAUCGAUAAUAAUGUAGUCUUGUAAGACAAAAUAAUUCACGUAUUGUUGUUAAUUAAUUAUUAUUUAGUUUGUCUAA